AUGGACGUGGUGAGCACAUCCCGUCCGCCUUCAUCGGACACGUGCAUGUCCUUACUGGAGGAGAUCGAGGACCUGAAGUGUGAACAACAAAAAUUAAUGCAGCUGAUCCUUAUCUUAGAGAAGGAGGUGAAGACCAUGGAGCUCCGAGUCGAACAGUCAGAACGACGUGCAGUUCAUGUUCGAGAGUUUGCAGAGGCUACAGCCGACCUGGCUGCGCUGGUCCGCGCCGAGCGAGGAUCAUUGAGCACCCCUCCUCCUCCCCCUUACGGUGCAUACGUGGAUCAAAAUCCUAUUGAUGACACCUGUAUUCACUAUUCCCAGGUGCCUGAGCUGCUUGCGGGGGGCGUUGGUUUCGCUGUUCAUGUCAUGUACCUCGCUCAAUAUUAA